UGGAUGAAACGUGCUACACUCCUUGGAUGUUUUCUUAAAACCUUCACUACAGGGGUCUCCUGGUACUGGGGCAACAUGUCUGUCUACACCGACUCCUACUAUCGAGCAACACUGGGACCUCAUUCCGGGUUCGGGACCCCAUGGGUCAUGUCCACAUUUCUAAUUGGGUUCUCAAUAGGUCUGGUCAUCACCGAGCGGACGGCCCGUCUUAUCGGCAGAACGUGGACCAACAUUGUCAGCUUCGUCCUAUUUGAAUCCGGGAUCUUGCUGAGUUAUUUGUCUCUCAACAGCGCAGCCUCGGCCAUGACGGGCACCAUGGGGGUGUUGGCGGGAUUGGGUUCGGGGAUCACCGAAGGCCAGCUGCUCUACUACGUCUUGGCCUGGAGUGACCAUCACGUGGGUUUUGUCUCAGCCCUCGUCUCGUCGAGCUACAGCGGUGGAUCCAUCUUGAUAAAUCAGUUUGUGACGUUGUACAUAAACCCACACAACCUGUCGCCGGACGUCAAAGACGGGAACAAUGUCUACUUCACGCAGACGAGCGUCAUCGAGAGAAUCCCAAGUAUGUUUCUCGUCUUUGGUGCCAUCUCAUUCUGCGCCCAGCUGAUUGGAUGUCUGCUCAUUCGGGACAAUCCGGACAAACAAGAGUACAAAGGAGAUACUUCUGACGUGGAGAUGAGUACGUUUAGCAGUUCCAGCAGUUUAGGGCAACUGACACCACUUGAAUCAGCCGAGGAUGAGAAGAUCCCAAUAAUGAAAUCCGCUCUCCGUGAGGCUUACAACGCAGCAAAGGGGUAUACAUCGCCUGAAUUGAACCAAAUAAGCCUUACUCCAAGCUUUGAUUGUAAUGGGUCGUCCGAUGUAGCUAGCAAUAUACACACGGACGCUUUAGUUAUUAAAGAAAAUCACGGUUGUACGUCAAACUGGAGCCAGAAUACAUCGGCGACCACAGACGAUAUCAGAGACAUGCCAUUACAGAGAUCGUGUGUUGACAGCUAUAAGGGUUUAACUUCAACACAUCAUGAAAGUGUUCAUGUUGACGAAGCCUGCAAUGGAAGAAGACAGAACCAGAAUAACGACAGUUCCGAUCUAGGCCAUGCACAUGAGAACACAAAAUCCACAGAAGAUCACACGACUUGGCAAAUGUUACAAACCAAGACUUUCUAUACAUUGUGGUUUUGCGCCAUAGCCACCGACUACGGGUACAUAAUAAUGACGAACUUCUACAAGACUUACGGGCAGAUAAGGAUUAAACACGACCACUUCCUGACGAACGUUGCCGUGGUUACAGUUGCCGCCUCCACCUUAAGUGAAAUAGGCUGGGGCGCGGUCUUGGAUAGAAUAAAGGUCAAACACUGCCUUAUGCUGUAUUUAUCCUCGUUGGCGCUUCUGGGGUCAUUUUGGUUUUUCACGCCGAUAGUCAGCAAAUAUCUGUACAUGUUGUGCACGAUCAUGGUGUGCAGCAUGAACGCCGGUAUGUACGUGCUCUUCUUCAUGGGCAUUUUCAAAUAUUUUGGGACGAAGAACUUCUCUCUCAACAAUGGUCUGAUAUUUUCUGGAAGCGUAGUGGUAAAUAUUGGCGUCCCGCCCGUUAUAAACCUCAUUCUUAAACACUAUGGAUGGUUUGUGCUAUUCUUUAGCGUCGGUGCUGUAAACGCUCUAGCUUUGAUAGUAGCGGUUCUUCUUCUACCAGCGAAUUGA